GAAUAUAUUUACAACGAGGAUCCUGCUACAUGUCUGUGCUACAAUGGAACCGGAACAAAUUCUGUUUUACUCCUGGCUUCAAGCGACAUCAGCGACGAUCCUGGUUCUGGUCACAAACCAGUUAUUGCUACUAUUACCAUCGGCAGCAAACGUAUGAUACCGAAAAUGCCAACUAAGCUUCCAUGGAACUUCAAGAAGGCUGGCUGGCCUAGAUUCACGUACCUUUUAGAGAACGAACUUCACACAAGUCCCAUCAACAUCUUGGCAAACCUUGCAACGAAAUCACGAAUAUUAUGA